CAACAGUAAAGUAUUUUUUCCGGUUUAAAGUGCUUAAUCGCGUUGGUCGAACAUGAGUAUAAUCCGAACGUUCAUAAAAAUUGUAAAAACACGAGUUGCUGUUUGGUCGUUGUUUCUUUUCGCUCGAACAUUAUGUUGAAGAAAUUAACUUUCUCUCUGUUUGUCAUAUAUAUUACUUUGUAUAACACAUGUUUUGGAAUAAGAAAUGAUGAACCUCGGUGUUUGUCGCACUUUGACUAUGACUAUAAAGUUUUGAACAAAUUGGUUUCAUUGGAACACGAAGUACGUUCGUUAACGGAAACUGUGAAUAAACAGGAAAGUGUCAUCAAUAUGAUCAGGAGCGAAAUGACAGCAGAGCCACAUCCUCAAGUUGCUUUCAUGGCGGAGCUUACCACGUCACUAACUGGAAAGAUCAACCGCAUUUACUUCGACCACGUGAAGCUCAAUCUCGGAAAAGCGUACAGGCCGCACCAUGGGUUAUUUAUAGCACCCGCCAACGGAACAUACCAGUUUUCGGUCGCUGCCUGUUCCCGGUCAGGACAUUUUAUCGUGCUUGAAAUGAAAGUUAACGACGACGUUGUGGGGAAAAUGCUUGCUGGAGAUAAUGGCUAUGAUUCUUGUAACUCUAAGGUCUUUCUGACUGAACUGAAAGUCGGUGACGAUGUUUUAGUUGAGCAUGGUGACCAUGGAGAUUAUCUUUUGGCUAACGAAGCCUAUGGAUAUCCCAGUUUUACAGGAAUUCUUUUGCAAGCUACUUAAAUUAUUAUAUUGCGGUUAUUACUGUUUUGUACUUUAUUUAGCUUGUUAAAUACACUCAACAACUAUUUUAACGCAACACUUUUUUUUGACUAGGCCUAAUAUCGUAAACAUUACUUCUAGUAUAUUUCUGAAUGCGUGCAUAUGUUUAGACAAAUAUAUUGUUUUAUUUUAUGCUAACUAAUGAUAUACUGUAUUCUAGCAGUUAAAUAUUUUUGUAUCUCAUUACUCACACUGUGAAAAUAUGAAAUCUAUAUUUUCACACAGUGAGAGAUAUAGGCCCAGCUCCGCCCCCUCAUACAUUGUGUAAUGAAUUUUAAAUUAUUUGCUUAAAACAGGAUGAAAAUUGUAGUCGCACUAUGUACUUUAUAGUAUAUUUCUGGAUUCAAAUUAUUUUACUUAAUGAGAAUUUCAUAACGUUAUGCAGCAAAAAUAAAAUAAAAUGGAACUUUAUGUUGUGUGCGUCUUUCUAACGUCACAACACGUCUGACGUCAUGUCUGUUAACGCGCGUCUGUUUCCCUCGCUGAGAUCAAAAUUGUUAGACAAAUAUAUUGUUACAUUCAUAAAAAAACGUCCAUGAAAUAAAAAUAAACAAUGUUAUAUUUACCAUUUUACGACCAAAUCACAAUUUUUUAAGAUUCACAAUUAUUAUAUUAAAUGCAUUUUGUUAUUACUCAAAUACAAUUGAAAAAAUACAAUAACAAAUAAAAUUUGUCAAAGCUAAGAGAAAAGUUAACUUUUUCAGCGCGUACAAUUCAUAAAAAUAUUCUGGAAGGUAUGACUGUUUCUUAAACUGAACUAAUAAUGUAUAUUUCUUAUGUGUAAUAUAUUGCUGUGCUUUGCCAUAUUUCUUGCUUAUUAUUUGUAAAUGGCCAAAAGCAAACUAUGUUUGCUGAAUAUGCCAAUGAACUUGAAUUGUUUAAAAAGUAAGCAUCUACACCUAAAUGUCAAAUAAAGUUUAGGAUUAUAUCAUCAAAACACAGAAAUGUUUGAUAAAUGAACAACAUCUUUACUAACAAUCUACUUGACCAUUACAUGUGGAUGCCCCCUUUAAAAUGUAAAGAAAUAAAAAAUGUCAAACUCAGCACUAGUACAUUAUUGCAUAUGCAUGAAAACAAAAAUAUUUGACAGUUCUUUGAAAAUGAUGAGUUACUAAAGGCGUUGAACUCUAUGCCGUCCUUUUCCAGUAUCCAAUGUAUGUAUCUAUGGGCGGCGGUAACCGCCAAAAUUAGUAAAUAUACAAUCCAUUCAUAAACAAGUCAGUCAGUGCAGUGCAUUUGAACGCCGUCUAGUCUAAAACUCCAUCCCGUCCAAUAUAUUUGCAUUCAACGGGAUGUAUUUUGAAACCAUUUAAUGCAAAACUUCAUUCCAUCUAUUUAAACAUGGAACGAUGAAUUGAAAAACUUGUUGCGACGCACCGUACUAUGAAAUCAUCCAACAAAACAUGAUACCAUGCAGCUAAAUGUGAAGCCGUUUAACACAACAUGAGUACGUGCAGUGUAAAUGAAAUGAUUUAUUACAACUUGACGCCGUCUAAUGCAUAUUAAAACCGCUUUAUGUAAUUAAGAGCGGUGUAUAAAAAUUUGCUGCCAUGCGCAAAAUGUGAAGCCGCUUAACGAAACACGAGUACGUGCAUAGUAAAAGGUUUAUAAGACUAUCAGUUCAUAAGUUUGACCUGUUAUAAAUAUAGAUUCUGGAUCAGUUUUAUAUAAAAAUACUUUAAAAUUUGUCCUAAAAUCGACAUUGUGGUAAAAUUCUAACAUUUAAUUUUACACUGUUCCUGCGAUUUAUCUGAAUAUUAAAAGGGACCUUAUUUUCGUUAAACAUCUUUCCCGUAAUAAUAACUGAAACUGUGGGUUUACAUAUAGAAAAUAAAAAUGAUGUGGUUGCAUAACUCGAUUUUUCUUUAUUCUCUACUUGUAAUGUUUUGUAAAGAGUAUCGCUUUUUAACAACGCAUUAUGUAGCUUUCAAAGUACUACGCUGUCACUUUAGAAAACAUUGAUUAGAAAAACCAUAGAACUAAUUAUUAAUUAUGUGUACGUCUAGUUUCUAGUAUCAAGAUUUCUGAUUGGUUUAUUAUCAUAUAAACUAUGAAUGCAUAUUUGACAUCAAAUUUCAAAACAUGCUUUAUAAAAAGAAAACACAAAAUUAAUAAUUCAUGUAGCUUUA